AUGUGUGUUGUGCCUGACCGCCCCUCGCUGCCUGGGGAUGAGCCUCGAGCGUUGGUUCUGUACUCGACUCCUGCAGACCAUCCCGAUGCUCUGCCUCAUCUCUCGUCCGAAUCUUCUCCUCCUGGCCCUGAAUCCGAUCGUGCCAGCCCCCGCCCUGCCAUGGCCUCUGCGACCAGCCACUGGGGGACCCUGAUCAACCCGGACAAAAGCCCGGCACCACUGUUGGAGCAACUAUGUCUCGGGAUUGCACAGUUAAUGCUCUCGUUCGACUCGAAUCCCACGACCGAUCUCACUCCAGACCGCCUCGCCGCGUUCUAUCGCAAAGUCGGCGGAAACUACGAUCCGCUCUUUCUCGAGACCAAAUCCCAAGCGCUGUCCUUCAUCUACCAGUCACUCGGAUGUUUCCACAGUCUCCAACCUUCCAAAAGCCCCUACGAACCCCCAGCCGUUCCCUCGCUAUGUCCAAACGGUUUCGUACGAUGGCAAACCAUCCAGCUACUCAUGGACCCGGACGAGCACUGGCGCUUUCUCAACAACGUGGUGGGAAUGUGGGAUAUAAUCGAUGCAAAGGGCGAGACCUUCCCCAAAAACAUACCACGCGAUGCAUUCCCCUCGGAGCCAGACCCGGAAAUGCUGCAGUGGCAUGAAGGCGUCGCCAAACGACUGGAAUAUGAUUAUGUGAAGAGGAACGUUCAUCGGGCAUCACCUCCGAAUUUCGGCGCGUAUCAUUAUCAUUUCAGUGGGAAGGAUCCGUUGCCAGAUGAGGAGGACUACUUUUCACAUCCUCCGCAUCGAUCGGGGUCGCGUCGGCAUAAGACUCAUUAUGAUUCGGAUCGGCCAAGUAGACGGAAAAGUCACCGGCGACGCAUGAGUUCGGAUGAUCAUCAUGGGUCAAGCAGUCGCAGACCGGAAUCGGGAUUCUUCGCUAGACCUGAUGGUGGUCGCUCGGGUGUCUCGUCUCCUCGAGUACAGUCUCCGGGGGCCCCGCCCUGGACGGAUCGUCCUCCCCGCUCUGGAGGCCGGGAUCAUCCAGCGUGGUAUACCCAUCCUUUGAGCCCGGGGAUGGACGAAGCAGCAUCACAUCCGCAUUCACAUCCCCAUUCCCACUCCCAUUCACACGGCCACGAGGCAGACGCCUCAGACCACUCCCCUCGGAAGGAUACCUCCGAUCCCUCCUCGAAACAACAUUCCCGUCGCCACAACCUCUCCCCACCACCAGAUUCUCGCGGCCGCCGGCAUUCCCACGAUGCAUACACACGAAAACCCUACCGCGAUCUCUCACCAACAGCACCACGCCGCUCCCACGGCAGCGGCAGCCACGAGCUCCGAUCUUCAAAGUCCAGCAAAUCACGACGCGAAGGCCGAUCUCGCUCCAGACCUCCACCUCCCCCAGACAUCCAAUUCCGCAACCCGAUCUUCGACGGGCCCGUACCUGCACCUGCACCAGAACCCCCGCAGUAUACGACUAUGCCUCCGCCGCGCGCUGUACCUCGCCACCGAUUCAACCUUGAACCGGAGGAUACCCGAAGAGGUAGCUACAGCGGCGGGAGCACGGGUGGUAGUCGGCCCGGUAGCGGUGGUAGUAGCUCCGAACGGCCGCGCUCGUUUAGUAGUGCUGGGUUUCCGCCGAGGACGUCCCGGUGGACGAGUCCUGUGCGGAGUUCGGCGGCGAAGCGGUAUGUGCCGACUACGCUGGCGGAAGAUGCUGCGUAUAAUCCUUCAUCGCCGCGUCGAGCGCCGAUUUAUGACUGA